UUUGAAAUUAUAAAUUAUAAUUAUCGAAUGCUCUCGUGCAAUGGCAUUUUGAUUAUGCUCUUCUUUUAGUCAUUGUUGCAAAGGCUGACCAAACCACGCACAGGGAGAAAAUUCUGUAGAACCGAAUCCCUGUUUUAAUUAUAUAGGAAAAAACUGUACAACGUUUUUGACACCAGAAAAAUAAGAAAACCUGUUCCUGUCGACCGUCAAGGAGCCAUUCACAAGCUCGUGUACUUUAAAAUGUGCUCACCCGCCAGCCGCCGAUAAGCUCCGCCGUGACCUUUGAGCAUUUGAGAUCCAUCUGGCCCAUGUCCGACGAGACGAUGCUUUGAAUCCUUCUCCAGAACCAAAAAAGCCCAUCUCACUGUCGAAACGAUGAGGCAUUUUGUGGUUGAGGAUAAUUGAGGGUUAUUUUUGUCAUUUCACUAUUUUUUGGGUCUUUCACAGCCUCCGGAAACUCGUACCAAACAAACUUAUAAAAAAAACGGAAUCCCAGCGCGUGCCUCUACAUGCCAAACACAAGUUUUUGAGUGGUAAAAAUUCAUUCCGAUCCUCCAGGCGAAGGCCUUUUUUUCAUCCAUUGAGGGUCUUUCAUCUUUCCCUGCGUCGACCUCGCGGCGGGCAAGAUCAGCCUUUUUGCGUCUUUGGAAGUUAAUUUGUCCCGCAUACUGAUACACCGUCCCCUGGACAAGAAGGUUGUCAUCGAUAAAGGUCGAAACUAGUUUGCCUGAGAAUUCUGCUCUUGGAUGUCAGACGAUAUGUUCGAUUCAUUUAUUCACCUAGAAGAAACUCAUCGUAAGGAAGGCUACGACGAGGGCUACAAAGACGGUCUAAUAGCUGGCAAGGACGAGGCAAAGCAAGUGGGUCUCAAAGUCGGUUUUGAGGUUGGCGAAGAGCUUGGCUUCUACAGGGGCUGUGUUGACGUUUGGAGCUCCGCUAUUCGGGUCGACCCCAACUGCUUCUCUUCGAGGGUUAAAAUUGCCAUCAAGCAGAUGAAUGAAUUGAUUGAGAAGUAUCCGGUCUUGGACCCUGAAAAUCUACAAGUACAAGAAAUCAUGGACAGUUUGAGGCUCAAGUUUAAGAUGGUUUGUUCUUCACUGCGCGUGAAGCUAGAUUAUGAUGGCUAUCCAAAAUCUUCUUCAGACGCCAAGGAUAUUGAGUUUUGA